AUGAUGGCAUCAAUUUCUUCAAAGCCAGCAUUGGUAACUCUCCGACAGUUGCUGUCAGAGUUGCGUAAACAAGGCUCAUCAAAGAAACUGGCUGAUAAUCAAAUGGCCCAGUAUGUUUUUAGCCAGUAUCGGAAAUACCAGACUACGGAUCAGCAACUUUGCAAAGCGAUUGAUGAGAUGCAUUUUAAGGCAAAAACAUACUGUGAUUAUCUGGUCAACUCAAGACGGUACAAGGAAAUUAACACUGAGUUUAAGGGAAAGGGGGAACGUAGCGUUGAGGAGACCGCAAGAAUGGUCGGUUUCAAGAUGCCGCAUGAUCCGAAACCCUGA